CUUGGAUAACAUUCAGGAGCUGUACCCCCCGGCAUCUCUCAGUCACCGGUACUUAAUGGUAAAUCUUCCUGCCUUGAACAUGUAUAUCUUAUAUCUCGCAGCCUCUGGUCUGAGGUCUCGUUCCCAUAGCAGAAUUGUCCACGACAUUGAUUGAGCUCUAGGAACGACAUCCAUUACUUCGUGUCUUUUGUUCACCACACGCACCCUUGCACCUGUCAUUAUGUCGCCGCCUACGCUCUCGACGCCGCUCUCGCAGCUGCUGGGGAUACAAUAUCCUAUCAUCCUCGCUGGUAUGGCACGCACAUCUGGCGGACCCCUCGCCGCCGCGGUGUCAAACGCAGGAGGACUUGGUGUUAUUGGUGGACUUGGCUAUACACCUGAACAGCUUCAAUCCAUCAUCGACGAGCUCAAGGCCAAUCUCCGCGACAAGAACCUUCCUUUUGGAGUUGACCUCGCACUGCCACAAGUAGGGGGGUCCGCGCGAAAGACUAACCACGAUUACACCCACGGGCAAUUGGACGAACUGAUAGAAGUAACAAUCAAGAACGGGGCAAAGCUAUUCGUCAGUGCUGUCGGUGUGCCUCCGGCGCAUACGAUCAAGCGACUUCAUGAGGCUGGAAUACUCAUUAUGAAUAUGGUGGGCGCACCCAAACACGCCAUAAAAGCACUAGAUGCCGGAGUCGACAUUGUUUGCGCCCAAGGUGGUGAGGGUGGUGGACACACAGGAGAUAUCGCCAACAGCAUUCUCAUUCCCGCCGUAGUGGAUGUAGCAAGGCGAUAUAAGAGUCCACUCACGGGACAGCCAGCCAUGGUCGUUGCAGCAGGAGGAAUCUACAAUGGACGAAGUUUGGCAAGCAGUUUGAUGCAAGGAGCACAAGGUGUAUGGGUCGGUACAAGAUUUGUUGCCAGUACUGAGGCUGGAUGCUCCCAGAUGCACAAGGAGAAUGUUGUCUCCGCAACUUUCACAGACACCGGACGCACUUUGGUCGUUAGUGGCCGACCAUUACGGGUCAAGUUCAACGAUUAUGUCAAGGAAUGGGAGUCGCGGCCGCAAGAUAUCAAGAAGCUCUGUGAUAGCGGAGUUGUGCCAUUAGCAAAAGACAUGGACGAUGGAAAAGAUGUGGACAUACCAUUUUUGAUGGGCCAGGUAUCGGGCGUUAUCCAAGAUAUUAAACCGGCGAAGGAAAUCGUGGACGAUAUGGUACAGGAAGCGGUCGAUAUGCUGAAAAUUGGUCAAACAUAUAUCUCUGGACCGAGUAGCAAGUUGUAGAGGAGCAGCAUGGAUGGUCGGUUUACCUUCUAUUGAGAAAAGCGAUAGGAAGAGAUGAUAUGCAUGCAAGCGAUUUUAGCCAUAUAUGGAUAUGUUGCGUCAUCUGGAGCUAUGAGUUCAAGGUACAAUCCCGCAUGUACAAUAGUAACGUAGUACAUACGUUGAGUACAGGCAUGUGUUGUGAUGGUAAUACUACAGAGUACAGACUCACGUGUGAGCAGUGUGCAAACAUCACAGGGGCUCCGGUGGUGCAAAAGGACAUUUAGGUCUUGAGAAUAUGAAUUAAUUGACUUG